AUGAACAAUACCGAACCAGGCAAUGUCAGCAACUUCUACUGUCAUUUUCAAGAAGAUUUUAAAUACAUUCUACUUCCCGUCAGCUACUCCCUGGUGCUCGUGUUCGGCCUGGCACUGAAUUCCACGGCGCUAUACACGAUUGUGUUCCGCACAAAACGCUGGAAUCCCUCCACUAUCUACAUGAUCAACCUGACAAUGUGUGACACGUUCUACAUCCUCACACUGCCCUUCCUCAUCUACUACUACGCAGAUAAAAAUGACUGGCCCUUCGGUGAACCUCUCUGCAAGCUCAUACGCUUCCUGUUUUAUACCAACUUAUAUGGUUCUAUUCUAUUCCUGUGCUGUAUCAGCCUGCAUCGUUUUGUUGGUAUCUGCUACCCAGUCCGCUCUUUGAAGUGGAUCAGUGCUCGUCGGGCCAAACUGGUGUCUGUGGCAGUUUGGGCCUGUGUGUUAUUCUGUCAGGCACCUAUUCUUUACUUCUCAAGAAUAAGGGAUGUGGCCACAGAUAGGAUUUGUUACGACACAACCAGCCCAGAGUUCUUUGACGACUUUCUGGUGUACAGCUCAGCCGUGUCGGUGUUCAUGUUUGCCCUGCCCUUCAUGGUGGUGAUGGUGUGCUAUGGCCUAAUGGUGCGGAAACUUCUGGAACCUGGAUGGGGCGGUGAGGGAGGGGGCCAAGGAGCACUCCGCACCAAGCAGAAAUCAGUGAAGAUGAUCAUCAUCGUGCUGGCAACGUUCAUACUUUGUUUCCUCCCGUUCCACCUCACCAGGAGCCUGUAUUAUUGUUUCAGAUACCUGAGACAGGUCAAUCCUGCACAGGUCAACUGUAACUUGGUUGAGGCAUCCAGUAUUGCCUACAAGGUGACCCGUCCAUUUGUUAGUGCCAACAGUUGCAUGGAUCCUAUCCUUUACUUCUUAGCUGGACAGGACGUCCGCACUAGUCUCACCAGUAAGAGAAGGUUCCAAAGACGAAAAGAUGAGAGAGAAUGA